AUGCAGCAAUAUAAAUGUUUAGCAUUACCUGGAUGGUUGAAUGAUGCUGAGAUAAUGAAGGGUUUAAUGGCUCAAUUAGAUAAAGCUUUGGCCUCUGUGAUAAAGUUUGAGUACUUAGAUCCUUCCUAUGAUGUUAGUAAGAGUAUUUCUCAAUUACCCUCCCACAUACAAGUGCCAUAAGGAGCAGGCAGUAAUCUUCUAAAAUAUUUAUAAGAAACACUUUAUAGAUGGGGAGAUAUCCACCUCGAUCAUUCGUAAGAUAUAGCCAACUUAAGGGCUAAAAUAAUUAAUGAUCCAACAAUUGUAGGAGUAGUUGGAUUCUCUCACGGAACAUUAUUGGUGACAGAAUUAGGAUAAUUAGCUCAUACUGAUUAAGAAUUGAAGAAGAGACUUAAAUUUUUUAUGGCAUUUUCUUGUCAUGGUAUUAAAGCUAAGAAAGAGAUUUAUUCCUAAAAAAGGUUAAUCACUAUUCCAACAAUUUAAUCUUUGGGAACGAGAGAUCCCCUUGAAUUGGAGUCACUAAUAUAAUCUAGUGAGUUUUUAAAUCCUGUAAUCAUCUAUACUGAUUCGACUCAUAGAGUUCCGAUUUUUUCAUUCGAGUAACUUAAGAAAAUUUAGAAAUUUGUUUAAUCAGCCUUAGAAUAACCUAAAUUAUGA